AUGGGGAACGUGACAGCGCUGGACCCAUGGGAACAGCUGAAUGCAUCGGGGAAACUAAGAUCACUUGGGCCAGUCGGGUAUUUCCUGUCCUCCGUGUAUCUUGCCGCCAUCGGUAUCAUCGCCACAUUUGGCAACAGUCUCGUGUGCUAUGUUAUUUUGCGGAACAAGAAGUUGCGAGCAAGGUCUCACAACAUGCUGCUUGUCAACAUGGCUUUCUCCGACCUGUGUAUCACUGCUUUCGGCUACCCAUACACCACUAUAUCCGGCUUUGCCAACAAGUAUAUGUUUGGCUGGGUGUACUGCAUCAUGCAAGGCUUCCUCACGUUUACAUUUGCAAUGUCAUCCAUGAACACCCUAGCUGUCAUCAGUAUAUACCGUUACGUUUCUGUUUGCAAGCCUCAUCUCAACUACAAGUUGACGGUCGGUUUCACCCAGUUCGUACUGUUCCUCACGUGGUUGUACACUGUGCUGUGGACGGCGCCACCACUGUUCGGGUGGAGCACCUACACCAUCGAACCGUUCGGGACGUCGUGCAGCAUUAACUGGACUAGUCCAAACGACUGGGACGUCGCCUACGUCUACUGCCUCGUAGUCUUCUGCUACCUCAUCCACAUUGCGAUAAUGUCCUUCUGCUACUACGAGAUAGUGAAGAAGUCUUCGACCCUGAGAAUCAACACUCGUAAAACUAUGGACCUUGAUGAAGCAAAGAAAGCCCACAAGAUGAAAGUCGAGAUGAAAGUGACGGGGAUGUGCCUGACAAUGGUCAUCAUCUUCACCAUAGUAUGGUCCCCCUACACCUUCGUGUGCCUGUGGUCAGUGUACGACCCUGACCUGCCAAUAUGGGUGACCACUCUCCCCACAAUGUUCGCCAAACUGGCCAGCAUGCUCAAUCCAUUCAUCUACGUGGCCACUAACAACUCCUUCAAGGAAGCUGCGAGGGAGUUAAUCUACGCACGACGGAACAAAAUCCACGCCAUUGAAGAAUUUCGCAGAAAGAGGAGGGGGACGGAGAAGUCCAUCUACACGAUUGACCGGACCAAGGAAGGUAUCUACAUAGGUGUGGCGGAGGUCAAGAUAUCAACCAGAGACACUACAUUCUUCUGA